GGAUCCCUGGCUGCAGGGCCUGGGGUCGCCCCCACGAGGGGAGCUGCGGGCGGGCACAGAACCUGGCAGCAUAGGGAGGUUCGGUGGCUCCGGGCGGCCCCAACGGUUGGGGUUGAGGGCCCCGAACCCACGCUUUUUCUGGCUUGAUCGGGGAGGUGCCGGAGGUGGGGGUGAAGGCAGGGAAGGCAGGAGAAGAGUCCGCCGCCGGCCGUUCUCCAUCCGGGGUGCCGAGCCCCUAGCUCUUCAUGUACAAAUAGAAUUGCUUUCCCGCUGGGCGCCCGUUACUUGCGUAACUUUCAAGUUCACGGAGGAACCUGUUCUUUGGUUUUAUCCAGCUUUACUUCGCAGCGACACUGUGACUGAUGGCUCAUGAAGAAAUGGAGUAUAGUCUUGAGAUGCAGUUAGAGCAUCAUGCUGCAGAACAGCCCGCCCCUGCCGAAGUGGCCGGCAGCCAGGAGGGACCGUCCCUGCUCCAGCCUCUACCUGCCGAAGUGGCCAGCAGCCACGGGGGGCCGCCCCCGCUCCAGCCUGCUCCGCGGGUGUCUGCUGACCCGACGGAGGAAGUGGAGCGGUUGGGAGAAGAUGGUGUGGAGGACGUUCAUCCGGGAGCUUCGGAGGAGCGUGGGCAGGGACCUGGUGUUAACCGCCCCGUCCAAGUGUCGUCACUGGAGUCGAUGAACAGCUUCCUCAGCGGGCUGCAGAGGCUUCACGGCAUGCUGGAGUUCCUGAGGCCCCCUUCAGACAACGGCGUGGGGCCAGUGAGGGCCAGGAGGAGGAGGGGGUCUGCCUCCCGCAGGUCAAGACCCGGAGCGUCUCAGAGGACUGACCGUGCCAGGUCCAGAGCACCAUUGGAUGCUUACUUUCAAGUGAGCCGGACCCAGCCUCAGUUGCCAACCACGUCUCAUGGUUCAGAGACCAGGACUCCUGUCUCUGAGGACUUGGAGGUCUCUAGUAGUUCUGAUUCCGACAGCUCCACAGAGUAUGAGGAGGUUGUUGUCCAGGGAGAGGAACCUAGAGCCGUUGUUAUAGAAGACCAAGUAGGAGGUACCUCAGCAGAACAAGAAGUUACAAGUAUCCGUGAAGGAGAGACCCUUCCCAAACAGUCUCCCCAGAAGACCAGUCCUCUUCUAUCUUCUGUUCCUAUGGAUGAUGAAGAAGGGGACACUUGCACAAUAUGUUUGGAACUUUGGACCAAUGCUGGGGAUCACCGACUCUCAGCGUUACGCUGUGGGCACCUCUUUGGAUAUAAGUGCAUUUCUAAGUGGCUCAAGGGACAGACACGAAAAUGUCCUCAGUGCAACAAGAAAGCCAAGCACAGUGACAUCGUGGUUCUUUAUGCCCGAACCCUGAGAGCUCUGGACACUAGUGAACAUGAGCAAAUGAAAAGUUCCUUACUAAAGGAGCAGAUGCUAAGGAAGCAGGCCGAGUUAGAAUCGGCACAGUGCCGGCUCCAACUUCAAGUCCUCACUGAUGAGUGCGCUAAGCUUCAUAGUCGUGUCCAGGAUUUGCAAAAACUUCUUGUGCAGCAUCGGGAUCAGAUUUCACAGCAACCCGGGGGCUCCCAGGCACGUUUCCUGAGCUGCCUGCCCUCCAGCCAGGGCCAGCACAAGUACCGUUUCCAGAAGACCUUCACGGUGUCUCAGACAGGAAACUGCCGAAUCAUGACAUACUGUGACACUCUGAGCUGCCUGGUGGUGUCACAGCCUUCUCCUCAGUCCUCCUUCCUGCCAGGCUUUGGUGUUAAGAUGUUGAGUACUGCCAACAUGCAAAGCAGUCAGUACAUUCCCAUGCAUAGCAAACAGAUCCGUGGACUGGCUUUCAGCAAUCAGCCCAAAGGCCUACUGCUCUCUGCUUCCCUAGACAGCACUAUUAAACUGACCAGCCUGGAGACAAAUACAGUGGUCCAGACUUACAACGCUGGACGUCCUGUCUGGAGCUGCUGCUGGUGUCUUGAUGAAAGUAAUCACAUCUAUGCUGGACUGGUCAAUGGUUCAAUUCUGAUGUAUGACCUUCGAAACACGAGCUGUCACAUCCAGGAGUUAGUACCCCAGAAAGCCAGAUGCCCACUGGUAUCCCUGUCAUACAUACCCAGAGCUGCCUCGGCUGCAUUUCCUUAUGGUGGCGUGUUGGCUGGAACCUUAGAGAACGCUUCCUUCUGGGAGCUAAAGAUGGGCUUUUCUCAUUGUCCUCAUGUGCUGCCCAUAGAGCCAGGGGGUUGCGUAGACUUUCAGACGGAGAGCAGCACCCGGCAUUGUCUUGUGACCUACAGGCCUGAUAAAAAUCACAGCACUUUACGAAGUGUGCUGAUGGAGAUGUCCUCCACGCUGGACGAUGCUGGAGAGCUGGUCUGUUCCUGCCAUCCUGUGCAAACAUUCCUUGGGGGACCCUCUUGCAAACUACUGACCAAAAGUGCCAUUUUCCAAAACCCGGAGAGUGAUGGCAGCAUCCUGGUGUGUACUGGGGAUGAAGCAUCAAAUUCUGCCCUGCUGUGGGAUGCUGGCAGUGGCUCGUUGCUACAGGAACUGCAGGCCGAUCAGCCCGUCUUGGACAUCUGCCCUUUUGAGGUGAACCACAACAGCUACUUGGCUACCUUAACAGAGAAGAUGGUCCACAUGUAUCGGUGGGAGUGACUGUGUCUGGAACUUGUCAGGCAUGCUGCUGGUGAAUGUUAAAUGUUUGCUAGCACGUAACAACAGCCCUGAGCAAGAUCUCUGCUUACUGUCUGUGGCCUAGAACUUCUGGGAUCAUGGUUCCUUUGGAUUAAUGUGAUUCUAAGAGGCCAGGUCACUGAAACACUACAGACUGUGUAUUUGCGGUGUCCAUCCAAAGAAUACGUGAUUGGUAAUUGCAUCUACAUUAUCAUUGUCUUGGGCUCAAAGCCUUCAUGAAUCUGUUGAGAAUCUGUAUUUCCGAUCAGACAUUCUACUGGACCUCAGAGAGUAUCGUAUCCUCCCAGCAGUCAUUUAGAACGAGUGUGCAGCAAGCAUUUUCUGGAGGGUGUGACACCCACCUAAGUGGUCUUGUCACUCAAACUCAGGAACGGAUGCUAACGUCCCAGAAGAGACUGACCAUCUCCAUGUUGUGUGGAUGCAGAAGAGUCUUCAGUUGAACACAAGAGGGCACUGUACGACCUGGUGAAGAAUUUGAUCCAUUUCUGACCUUGCGUGUUGACAGCCUUUCAGCAACUUGGUCUUAUCCCCGCAGAAGUGUGAGGUCGAGCGCAUCUGGUCUACUUUGUGGCAGCAACAGAUACAUUCCAGGUGUGCGGUGCUGGGAUAUUGGCAGGCCCAGUGAUGGAGGCAGCUGAUGCGCUGUGGACCCUUUCGGAAUGCUGAGUACAUUAGGUUCAUCACAUCGUGGGAGCCGAGAGAAGAGACCGGUUGUUUGAGCAGUGGGGAAGCCUCCUUUUUUCUUGCUGUCUGAGGACCUCCGGAUUGAUUUUACAUAACCCAGUGCUCUGAAGACCCUUCCUUUUCCCUCUUACUAGGAAAACAUGAGCAACAUGUCACAGCUCUUGUUUGAUUCUCUCCCCGUAAAAGAGGUCAAGGGAGAGGGGCUAAGCAAGACAGGCUUGCAAAAGAGAAGCUGCUGAGACCACUGCUGGGAACAGAAGCUAAAGCCUUCCGCAUGUGAAACUGGUGUGUGACUUCAGCUUCCUCUGAUAUGCCUCCCUUCUAGCCUUUUUAAAGACUCUUGUCAGUGAAAUAUUCUCAGGAAGAGAAGAGUGGUUGGAGACCUGUGCAGAUUGCAGGGAGAAGCCCAUCAGCUUUUGUUCCAGCCAUGGAUUGUCCAACAUUGCGAACUUCACUCUUCUCCAGUAGGGGGAAAGGCUUCCGUUUGUAUCUGUUUGCCUCGCCUACGGCUGCUCUGCUAAACUGCAGUCUACAAUAGAACGCGCCUCAGGGUGUGGGCGGUCAGUGCCCCGUUCUUGGAAGUAGGAUGGCCAACAGUGUGACUUUUUUAAAUAAUUGCUCUAGAAGCGUUAUUAUUUUUAUUUUAAAAUAGUUCUGACCGACAACUCCUGAGCGGUUUCCAGCAUUUCUCACCAGCAGAGGGUUAUUGCCACAGAUAUCCCCAGAGUUUCAAGUUCCUGUUGUGCCUUCUAAAGAGUGGCCUCCUUCUGUUUUAGGACAUCUUUCAAAAAGCCAGUUUCCAGAGCCUGGGAAAGAGCCCCUUUUCUCAGAGGAGAUACUCCUUUUAAUAUGUUGAUGAUUCAGAAUGACGGCCCAGACCUAGAGCAUCAGUGGCAGAAAGGGAUUUGGAUUAAAAAGCAGGACUCAUCUGGUUUCAGCAGGUCAUCAGAGAGGAUGCAGUUGGCCCUGGCUGCCUUUGUCUUUGGCAGAGACAAAUCCCACGGUAGGGUUAGGAUUUGACCAAGGCGGAUGCUGAUUGAUUCCGCCACGCAGAGGAACCAAGGGACUUAACUACGAGGGAAGUUGGGUGAAUCUCAUGUCUUGCCAAUUCUUGCAUUCCUCCAGUAAAUUUGGACAUUUUAGAGAGAAAUUUAUGUAACUUCAACUGGUUUCUUUAAAAGAAAAGACCUUGCCCCCAGCCAUCCUACCCUUGCAUCCCUCAUCCAGCAGGAGAUCAUGUAGUCCCAGGCUCUGGUCUCCUGUGCUGCAGCAGGCUCUGCCCCGACAUGUUCCCAACCCCCUGUCUCUAAGGGAGGUUUCCCAUAUGAGGGUUUGGAGUUAAGCAGACUCCAAAUAUCUUAUUGGCAUAUAUCCUUGUACCUGCUGUGACAAACAGGGCAGUGGGAUCAUGUUCUGUGUUUUAAUGUUUGUGCUUUAUGUUUUAAUGUUAAUAUGAAAAUAAAGCAUUUGCUAUGUGUACCAA